AUGUCUCCCCCCAUGCAAGGCCCCCAGGUGGGCAGCAUGGUCAUCCCGCCGCCGCCUCCACGGUAUAACCAAGGACCAGGCAUGAAUCUCCCGCCGCCUCCUGGACCGCCUCCCAUGUCCCAACAGCAAUCACAGCCGUGGCAGUUUGGCAGCAUGUACAAUAGCCGACAAGGUUACCCAGUGCCUCCACCGCCCGCACUAUCCGGGCAGGUCCAGCCCUACAACCCCAAGGUGCAUGCGCAGAUGGUGGCCAUGGGGAAACCGUUGAUGAGCGCGACAUAUGUGCCUUCGGGGGACCCGACGUUUGGAGAUACACCUGGCAUGCCGGGCUAUGGGCCUGACGACUCGACAUCUGUAUCUUCUUCAACAAUCAACACGCAGACCUCGUGGUUGCUUACGCCGCACAGUACGACAGACACGAGCAUGACGCUGCCGCCGCCCGAGGAGCCCAGGGAUAGGAAGAAUGAGGCGGCCAGUGCCGCGUCCGAGUCCUCGAUACCGCCCGAGGUUGCUGCGCAGUGGCCCCUGGACACUGUGCUCAUAUGGCUGGCCAAACAUCAGUUCUCAAUGGAGUGGCAGGAGACGUUCAAGGCACUCAACAUCUCCGGGACUCAGUUUCUAGAAAUUGGUACGCCUCAUGGUGGGCGUGGCAGCGUGGGCAUGAUGCACCAACACGUGUAUCCACGGCUGAAGAAGGAAUUUUUGAAUGGCGGCAUGCAAUGGGAUUCGGGCAGAGAACGAGAGGAGGGGAAAAGACUACGCCAUUUGAUCCGGAGCAUCGUGGCCGGGAAGCCCGUAGACCCGGCCAAGUCGGUUCCUUCACACACGCGGAAAGAGAGCUCGUCGGGAACGCAAGGGCCUACCAGUCUCCCUAGUGCUGGGACGGACCCGAGUGAUUCACCAAACACCCCUCUGCAUUCUACAGGGCCCUUCUCGUCCCGGCGGUAUUCUCAGAAUCGUACUCACAACGCACCUGACGCAGGUCAUCGCAGUAUGCUGCAGCAGCUCAGCAAUGAGGGCACAAGGCGACCCAGUCCGCACACCAACGACUCGAAUGAAGGUGGCACAUUCCGAGGCGCUGCUGCGCAGGUUGAGAGUCCACAUGGUAGCCCUGUGCCCCAGCAGGCUACGUUCGCGCCAUCAACCACUACCCCGAUCUUGUCAGCUUCUCCCAGUCAGACGCGUUUUGCUCAUCGUUCGCGGAUGAGUACUGACUCGGCGGCCUCGAACGCUGCCCACUAUGGCUCCGGCGUACCACCAGAGGCGCAGCAUCGUGCCCUCAACUUUGACGAGAUUAUGCGGCCUCGACAGUCUCCUCAAGAAGCUGGCGACGGGUCGGCCGGAUCUGAGCCUCAGUCGGCUCGUGACUCAAAGAGCUUCCUUGGCUUCUUGAGAAAAAAGAAGACCAAGGAUGAGACAUCACACCACUCACCCGAAGAUAUCGAGUCUCCGACCAGCCUGGACUCGGGCUUACCUAAAUCCCAUUCGUUUGCCAGCCGCGCGGCUGCCAGUGACACGCAUCUGCCAGGGCCUACGGGCGAGGUGAAACACCUUCGCUCCACGCGAAUCUACGUCCUUGCGACUAUGGAUUGCUGGAACUGGCGCAUGUGCGACGUGACCGGGGCCAACACAGCAGCAGAGGUCCGACGCGAAUUGUGCACGCAACUGGGACUGAUCGACUUUGCAGACUCGGUCAUCUAUCGUACAGAGCUGGGCACGUUUGAUCAUCAGGACUUCUUGGACGAUCAGAAAUUACUGUCGACGAAGCGUACGCAUGCCGAUACGGUUGGGUCCCUCAAGUUCUUCGUCAUGCCUGGGCCCGCUGUUCCCGCCAACAAGCAAAGCUUGCAGACCACCUCAGAUGUGCCUCGAUCCCUGUCACCGGGCUAUGUCCCUCCAGGGGCUGUACUUGAUGAAGAGGCAUAUGCCAAACUCAGUGGGCGUCAACGAUCAAGCUCAUCGCCGCCCAGCUCACGGUCGAACACGAUUUCAGGAGAUCGCAAUGAGCUCAUAGAAGACCCCAAGUUGGCACAGGAGGCGAGCGAGUACCGGGCAGAAAUGGAGCGUCGUCAGCAGGAGUACUUUGCGCGCAAGAAGCAGGCCACCAAGCGUGAGAGCCCGACCGCUCCAGAACUUACCACAGGCUUUGGGAUUGUCGGCAGCAGGCAUGUCGACUUUGAUCAACCUCGCAACUCGCCGUUUGAGGACAAGAGGCCAGAGCACCUAUUUCCACAACGCAAACCACCAGCGCCACCUAGCGAUCCAUCUGCGACCUUGAUCAAGGCAAACUCGUUGCGAAGCAAGCCCUCUGGACACCGAACAAAUGACAGCGGGGACGGGUUUCCCACGCCUCGCCACCCGCUUGCUACUGCAUCCGAACUGAACCCGAAGAAGGGCAGAGUCUCACCACAAGGGGGUAUUGGUGCUGCUCUUGCUGGCAUGGGGCGCCAUCUAGGGGCAGUAGGCCAGUCUACAGCCAAUGCUCCUGCGCCACACAGAGUGAUGACCCAACCGCCAGAAGGAAGGAUGCCUGCUGAACUUGGUGGGAACAGCGUACAGACUCGCUCCACCUUCCCAGCUGAAAGCUCUUCCGCUGGCAGAAAGUCCAGGGGCUCCGAGUCUAGUUUCCAGGAGUCAAGUAUAAACUUCAGGUCCUCUCCGCCGGCACCGCACACGGCAAAGCAGCCCUCGCCGCAACCACGCAGAGCUCCUCCCGACAAUGAUGACAGCGAUGACGACUCGGACGAUGGCCUGUUUGCCAUUCCUCUUGCUGGACGGAACAAGGGGAAGGCGGCAGCUGCCAGUCCAAGGCCAGGCAGUGGUCAGGGGCACUCCAAGGGACCGAGCUUGACAUUGAACAUUCCCAAGUCGAAGAAACCGCAAGUGUCUUUCACAUCGCCCAAAUCGUUGAAUAGCGCCCACACAGGCGACAGCAAUGAUGAUGCGCGUGCCCUCAACAGUGCUCAUCGAACACCCGCGACGCCACGGUCGGAGGACUUUGACGAUAGGGACAGCAAAAUCAACCGCAGAAAGUCAUUCAUCGAGAAGGAUGUCUGGGCUAAUCGCCCCCCAACUGCCGCCCUUUUGAACAACCUGGACGACUUCUUCCCGAACUUGGAUCUCGACCAGCCUGUCUUGGAUGAAAUUGCAGAGGCAGACUCUCAGCCAUCGCCGAUUCCCGAGGGCGAGGAGAACAUUGAUCGGAUGCCGCAGACUCCAGCAGCUGGACCGUCCGGCUUGCCACAGCAUUUGUCUAGCCAUUCGCGAUCAAACUCCACGUAUAACGAUGGAGAGUAUAACGAUGGAGACACGCUUGGAUCGGACGAAUCGACCCUCAAAGCAAAUGAGCGGAACUCAAUUGCGAGCAGGAGCAGCGCGCGCAAGUCUGGCGGUCUCGGCCGGAUGAAGUCCAUCCGUGAGGUCGCUAACAAGCGAUAUACCGGGGGUGCGCAAAAGUUUGGCAAGCCAACGAGCAAUCCUAGCAACAACAAUAUCCUCCGCCGGAAGAGCACCAAGAUGUUCAACGCCAAUAUUGUGCAGAUUCGCCCGGAACGUGGCAGUAUCGGUCUACCGCCGAUCCCACAGGAUGUCUUGCCGAAGCGUCAGACCACAUUCCGUUGGUUCAAGGGCCAGUUGAUCGGCAAGGGUACGUAUGGUCGCGUGUACCUCGGUAUGAAUGCCACCACUGGUGAAUUCUUGGCUGUCAAGGAAGUGGAGGUGAAUCCUCGGGCGGCCGCUGGCGACAAGGAGAAGAUGCGCGAGAUGGUGGCGGCCCUGGACCAAGAGAUUGACACGAUGCAGCACUUGGAUCACGUCAAUAUCGUGCAGUAUCUGGGCUGCGAGCGGAAGGAGACGAGCAUCAGCAUCUUCCUGGAGUACAUUUCUGGUGGUAGCAUUGGAUCAUGCUUGAGAAAACAUGGUCGCUUUGAGGAAUCCAUUGUUUCGUCGUUGACGCGGCAGGCUCUUUCGGGGUUGGCGUACCUCCACCGAGAAGGCAUCCUGCACCGCGACCUGAAAGCGGACAACAUUCUUCUGGAUGUCGACGGCACUUGCAAGAUCAGUGACUUUGGUAUCUCGAAAAAGACGGACAACAUUUAUGGCAACGACAAGACCAACUCGAUGCAAGGGUCCGUCUUCUGGAUGGCGCCCGAGGUCAUCCGCUCGCAGGGCGAAGGCUACAGCGCUAAAGUGGACAUUUGGAGCCUGGGCUGUGUGGUGCUUGAGAUGUUUGCGGGCAAACGUCCUUGGGCCAAGGAAGAAGCGAUUGGAGCGAUCUACAAGAUUGCCAAUGGCGAGACGCCACCCAUCCCUGAAGAUAUCCAAGGCACCCUUGGCCCGUACGCUGUGGCGUUUAUGAUGGAUUGCUUCCAAGUAAACGCCUUUGACCGUCCGACUGCGGAUAUCCUGCUGUCACAGCACCCAUUCUGCCAGUACGACCCGGAUUACAACUUUUUCGACACAGAGCUGCAUGCCAAGGUCAAGGGCACGUUCAAGAGCGAGUAA